AUGCCUUCAUCUAACCCGGUUCGCGGGUUGCUGUUUGUGACCAUGCAACCCAAAGACACCUUGUCGCCAGAGCUCUUCCACGACUGGUACAAUAACGAACAUGGACCAAACAGGACGCGACUGUCGUUCAUGCCCAAUGGCUUCCGAUACCGAGCCUUGGACCUUUCGUCGCCGGAUGCUGGAACACAGUCGAAACCGGAGUUCUUGGCCAUUUACGAUGUCACCGACAUGCACCAGUUCACAGAACAGCCGUACCAGUACCUGCGCGCACCGCCCGGCAAGACACAGCGGGAGAUCGACGUCAUGGCCCAGAUCUGGGUUGAUCGGUAUACGCUGGAUUUCGUCGGCGAGCAAAUCAACGACAAGACCUUCUUGAAACUCGAGUCGCCCGAACAUUUCAAGGAGAACCAGGAGGGGAAUCUGUUGACGACGUUCAAAUUUCGCCUAUCUCCCGACCAGCUCUCAACGACGCAGGAGUGGAUCGAGAAGAAGGUGCUGCCGAAGGUCAGAGAGAUUCCCGGAUGGAGGAGGACGUCGUGGUUCAAGACGUCGUAUCUUGAGCCACUCAAAGACGGACAGCUCGACUUUGUCUUGAUCAACGAAUUCACACCGUCAACGGAGGUGGGAUCACUUGACACCGUGUACGACGGUGCACCCACCGCGGACGCCGUAGCGAGAAAGUACGAACUCUUUUACACUUUCGGGACUGCCGCUCGUCACCUGGCAAUCGUAGCGCCGUGGACGUCGCCGGACGGCGUGACGAAGACGAUACCAAAUGUUGACCCGUUCGGGUCGGCAAUUGAAUCGACAGUAACGACCAGCGACGGUGCAGUUCUCCCGUUCCGUCUAGAAGGUAAUUCCGAUCCAGACGCGCCGGCGCUGGUCCUGGUCAAUUCGGUUCUCACGACGUGGGGUAUCUGGGACAAUUUUCUAAAACACUUCUUCUCCCUUCCGCAAAACCACAAAUACCGUGUCGUGCGCUUCCUUGCGCGCGGUCGAGUCAUCCCCAGCGGCACCACGACUCCCGUGACGACCGAAGUCCAGGCCGCGGACGUCAUUGCGAUCCUCGACGCUCUCCGCAUACCCCAGGCUGCCGGGCUGGUCGGUGUGUCCAUGGGCGGGGCGACAGCGAUCGCGACGGCGUUGACGUAUCCGUCGCGGAUCGCGUCGUUUAUAGCAUGCGACACUUCGGCCAAAUCUCCAGCGGGGAACAAAGAUACCUGGGGCCAACGUAUCGCCGUGGCCGAGAAGGAAGCCAAGACUCUCCGCCUGUCGUCCCUGUUUGGCGACGAGUCAGCCGACGCAAGCCCCCAACCUGUUGUCGGCGAGGAGUUGGCCGAGAUGACGGUGCGCCGGUGGUUCGUGCCGGAGUCGUACGAUGAUCCUGCGCUUGUUCCGGAGAUUGAGAAAGUCAAGAAGAUGGUGGUGACCAACUCGCUCCCCGAAUUUCAACGAGGCGUCGAGACGCUGUUCAACUACGAUUACACGGACAUGCUCUCUGGGUACAAGGGUCGAGGUGCGUUCCUCGUCGGUGCCGGUGACGGUGUCCUCCCAAAAGGAAUGGAGAAGCUGUCGCAGGUACUAGGGUCCGCAGAGGGAAAGACGGCACCGUUUAAAGUCGUCGAGGGUGCUGGACAUUUACCCAUGGUGGAGAGACCUCAAGCGGUGGCCGAGUUUGUGAGUGAUUUUCUCAACGACGGAUCAUCUUAG